AUGAAUAUAUUCAGACUGAUAGGAGACAUCUUACACCUCGUGAGUAUGUAUAUACUCAUUAUGAAAUUGAAGAAGUCCAAAAAUUGUAUUGGGAUAUCAUGCCGCAUGCAGGAGUUGUAUUUGAUAGUUUUCUUGUGCAGAUACAUCGACCUCUUCUUCGUGUUCGUCAGCUUCUACAACACUGUGAUGAAAAUAACCUUCAUACUGACCAUAGCGUACACGAUAUAUCUAAUCAGAUUCAAGCUGCCCAUCUCGCAAACGUACAACAGGAAAGUGGACAAUUUUAAGAGCGAGAAGUAUUUGAUCCCCCCCUGUUUAGUGCUAAGUCUCCUAACGUGCAAGACGUACAACCUGUACAACAUCCUGUGGUCCUUUUCCAUAUGGCUUGAAAGUGUGGCAAUUCUCCCCCAACUAGUGCUGCUAGAGAAGCAGAGAGAAGUGGAAAACAUCACCUCCCAUUAUGUUAUCACCAUGGGGAUGUACAGAGCCUUUUACAUACUCAAUUGGAUCUAUAGAUAUUUCUUUGAUGAGAAACCAUACGUUAACGUCGUUGGCUGGUUAGGGGGGCUUAUCCAGACUCUUCUAUACAUUGACUUUUUCUACUACUUUGCGAUGGCCAAAUGGUAUGGGAAGAAGCUGGUGCUGCCCUUCAAUGGGGAAGUUUAACUUGGACGUGCGAUCGGAACAUUGGGGAGGACUGCCUUUUUGGCGGACCCUCAUAUUGGGGCCCGCUGCAUGAGUCCCGUAGAGCAGUAGAACGGAUAAGUGAAUCAACUGGGCGGUUUAACAGUUUGGGUUUAUAGCCCAUGGGGUGUAUUAUGGCCCACGGUGCAGGGUGGAUGAAUCUGGGGGAGGACCGCUUUUCCCACCGCGUGUAAACAUUUUCAAUGAAUUCAAAUUUAAGUCUGCCCAGAGAGGGAGCACACCUUCAGCGUGUACCUUCAUGCACAGCUAGCAGGGCCAGUAGCGCGCGUAUAUAUAGUACUUUUGGUGAUUAUGCCCAUUUCGCUCAUUCUUUGCAGCCGGAGGGUUUUCUCCCCACACGCUCAUACCGAAGAAAUAUAGCGAAGUGAGAGCCAUAUAUGUAUGCCCCCUCUCCACCUAUUACCUUGUGCGUGUAAAAAAUUCAUAUAAAAAAUUUGACACAUAUGAAG